AUUCUGAUCUUUGCAUUUGGAGAAAAACAGAAUUCUGUAACCACAAAACUCAACAAGAAGAAUGAAUGAGAAGGAGCUCCCCGACCACUUGAGAGAAGACAACCUAAGCGAAGAAACCAAGACAUUAAUCUCUUCACUUCCUUCGACCAAAGAUUUUCUAGGGAAGCUCUACAACUACCAAGGAUGUUGGUACUACCCCAACACUCUCCUAGGAGUCCGGAAUUUCCAGAAAGGUUUCAAGCCUCAAGAAACCGACAUAGUCAUCGCUUCUUUCCCUAAAUCCGGUACCACUUGGCUCAAAGCUCUCACGGUCGCUCUCCUUGAGAGAUUGAAGAACAAUUCUUCUAAUGUUCCUCAUCCUCUUCAAUCAGAUAACCCUCAUGGCCUAGUACCCUUCUUGGAGACCAAUCUGUAUCUCAAUAGCUCAACACCUGACCUGACCAAGUUCUCAUCUCCGAGGCUGUUUUCGACUCACAUGCCGUUACAUACGCUUCAAGUACCCUUCAAGGACUCUCCUUGCAAGAUCGUGUACGUGUGCAGGGACGUGAAGGAUGUGUUGGUAUCGCAAUGGUUUUUCAGGUGCGCUUAUCUUCAAAAGGAACUAAACAAAAGCGUUCUCGAGUCUUCGUUUGAGUCAUUAUGCAGUGGAGUUGUCUAUUUUGGACCCUUUUGGGAGAAUGUAUUGAGCUAUUGGAAAGGUAGCUUGGAAGAUCCCGAGCAUGUUCUCUUCAUGAGGUACGAGGAAAUGAAGUCAGAGCCCGCUGCUCAGGUCAAGAGACUUGCAGAGUUCUUGGGUUGUCCAUUCACUGAGGAAGAAGAAGAAGGCGGAUCUGUGGACAAGAUCUUGGAACUUUGUUCUCUGCGUAGUCUGAGCAGUAUGGAGAUCAACAAGACAGGAAAAACCUCGAACAAUGUGCAUUACUCUAAUUUUUUCCGCAAAGGAGAAGUGGGUGACUCCAAGAAUCAUCUGACUCCUGAGAUGGAUAACAAAAUCGACAUGAUCGUCGAGGAAAAAUACAAAGGCUCCGGUUUGAAAUACUGAGUGAUGUGUGCAGAUUUGUUAUUUCCAUUAAUAGUAAUAAAACUAUAAAGGGAAUACAUGAUUGGUGUGUGAUUUGUGCUUUAAUUUCCUUUAAUGGACAUGUACUAAUAAUAAUAAAAUAAAAGAAUAAUUUUAAGUCA